AUGGCUAUGCAGAUGAUGCGACAUGACAAUCCUUACCGUCAACCCUUCAAAAAGAAAGCGCAGCCGGACAGCCCAGGGCCCAAACGACAGCAACCAGCGUCUCAAGGUUCUGAUGACUUGAUGACAGUCGCUAAAGGCACGGGUGGCACUUCGGAAUCUUCUGGGCAUGACAAUCCUCCUUCAAUAAAUAAACUUGACCCGGGAAGAAACGGAUCAUCGAACAAUAUGUUUUUGUUUCCACAAGACGGACAUGAUGAUAGUGUGCAUGGCUCUCAAAGAAUGUCCACUCGAGGUCAGAGCCGAACAUUCAACAAUGGUGUCCAGACAUCUUUCUCAUCGGUUGACUCGGCAACUGAGCACAGAGGACUGUUGCACCGCACGAUGGGUGUGUCCGAAUCAUCGGGAGACGUCGACGCAGCGUCCUGUGCCCCGGCACAGAGCAUCAGCGAUGUUAGCGAGGCCAGUGUUGUGAUGCUGAAUUCAUCUCGACGAGAUUCACCCGUGUUGACAACCAGCAGUAGUAGUACUAGCAGUGGCAGUCACUUGCCAAGCACGUAUGAAGUAAAUGAAGCACCACCACCAUCGGCAUCAUCUACCCUGACGCGACAGCCCGACUCGCUGGCAUCUCCGCCGUUGUCACCUCCGGUCAACCUCAAUCAAGUAGCACGGCGAUUGAAAGCCAACGAGGUUAGUGAUGUUGAUGUUGACGAUGGCGUGGACUCUAUGAGCACUGACAGUGUGAUCUCAGACCCUGUGUUUGGCCGAGGUGCAGUUGGCCGUCGGUCGUUCAUCCGCAUCAAAGAGCUUAAAACGUUGGACUAUUACCCGGACACGUCGCUGAGCGAAGAGGAAAUCGACGUCAGUGGGUUCGACGAAGAUGGCUUGGCCACGCUGCAGAGGAAGAUGGAUCAUAGCAAGAAGAGCCAGGGAAAGUUGUUCAAUGACAAGGAGCUGGAUGCAUUUGUGACGUCUGCACCAGAUAUCCACAGCCUGAGCAGGGAAAUUUCAACUCCAAACACGGUGAAAAUGCCGUCAAUACGCCUCGGAAGUGACAUGGACGACGAUUCUCCUCGAACACCUGUUCCUGAGCCGCGUGCAGAGCAAAGGCCGUCCUUAUCUUUGCAAAGACCACCAGCAGGGGAUGUGCGUCGAAUGCUGAGAAUGCCUCAUGUUGUGUCUGACAGUCCCGUGAGUAGUAUGGACGAAAUGGAGGGCCACGCUGGAUGUGGCAGGACACUCGCAAGGCGGAAUGACAGCAUUGAGUUUGCCGUGCCGCAGCUGGACUUGAACAACACGAUGUUCAAAUCGCUGCCACACGACGGCCGGCCACGCGCCACCCGCAAGCACAGCUUGCUGCCGCACCAGCCCAACUCUGACCCGAUUGCCGGCGCCAUGAGACCCACGCUGACGGUGGACGGUGUGGUGGUGGUCACAGGAAGAGGCUCUGACACGGAGGGCCCGAACAUUCUCCUCUCCGGAGAUGAAGGAGGUUCCCAGCGCAAUAGUGUGUCGUCGAACGACGACAAUAGUUUUUCCAUCCAUGUGCCGAAAAGCGGGGCGUCUGAUGGAAUGCGGUCCUUGCAAACACAUCUUUCACUUAACAUUCCGUCCAUUGCACGUGGUGGUGGUGAUGAUGGUGCAAGACAAAUGCCCACACACAAAACACUGCAGCCAAGCUUGACUGUGGACGGUUCUCUUUUGGCUCCAAGGAACGCUCCACCAAGUCCCCUUAUCAUGAAAAAGGACAUGUUGCAGAAUCGAGACACUCGCUCCCCUAGCCCCACCUCGCUGACAAUUCCAGGAUCAUAUCACAAGGCCCAUGGCAACCGCACUUCACUGCCUGUCUUGCAGGACCCGAGACAGGUCUCACCUUCCGUUGAGCGGAAAAUCUUACGUCGUCAUAGCAGUGCGGAGAAUGCGUCCACCAUGGCACUGCGUAACAAGUAUGCAAAGCGCCCUAGUGGUUCAGUAAGUACUGCCAAUGACGUUGGUGCUGGAAGCCUGAUCUCUGAGAUGGAAGAGCAUUACUCGGUUAGUCUGAUACAACAAAGUCGUGAUGCUGUGGGAAGAUCUGGAUCGCUUUCAGAGGCCAUCGCAAUGUCACCAGAGAGUGCAGUAUUCAGUCCAACGGAGUCGAAGGACACAGAUGGGUUUGCGAUCAACAGGUCGAAUACCGCCCCUGCUUCUCUUGAUGACAAACUUCAAAGCCGGCCUGGAAAGCGGAAACUCGGUUUCAAACUCUUUCGCAGGGCCAGCAAACUGAAGGACUUGCAAGUAGAUCGAAUCGAGACGGCUCUGAGUAAGAUUGACCUGCCCAAACGCUCCAAACAUGAUCUCGCCGUGUAUGUGGAUAGUAGCUGCACUUUGAACUGGUACCACGUCGUGCCUAGCUUUGAUAGCUACCCCAUCAUGGAGGCACACGAACUUCCAUUCGUCACCUCACAUCACCAUCACCACCAUUACUUGGCUGAGAGCCGACGCUUUGACUGUGACAAAGCGC